AUGGGGGUGUUGCUCAUUGAACGUGGUGAUUUGUGGAGCGGGGCAUCAACUAGAUGCACAUUGAGUCACGCCCCUCGAACAUCAGCAAGGAGCAGCACGGGUUCUACAUCAGCGUGGACUCCAACCUGCUCCCAUGCCUGGGAUGAGGUCAUCGACGGCCUGCGAAUGCAAAUCAGCAGCGUCAAGGGCUUCACAGACCCCAUGUACCGGGCCCCCAGGAAGGAGUUUACUGAUAUCGCCUACAACUAUAGACAUGGCCAGCCCAUCCCACGGGUGGAGUGUAUGGAGGAGGAAAGGGCCACCUGUGGCACCGCGUUCGAGGAGCUGAAGACCCUGUAAUCGGCUCACGCAUGUCUGCAGGCGGGACAACAUUCCGCAGCUGGAGGACAUGUGCUGCUUCCUGUUGAUUUUCAACAAGACCCUAUCGCCCCUAAUCUGUCGUUGGUUUUGACAAACCGAUCUCCCACAGUCUGCACCGUUUUCCGAUGUCGAUCAGUGGCCAGCCUGCUCUCCUCCGAGGAUUUCCUCGCCGGUCUCACUUUUCGUGAAGAUAUCUGCUUGUCGACCCUUUCUGCUGAUCCAGGUUUUGCCCAGUUCUCACAGGAGAUUGGUCUGGCUUCCCUUGGUGCCCCCGACGAGUACAUGUGUUGACUGGCCUGGUUCGUGCAGGUCAACUGGUUCACCACGGACUGUGGUCUGUGCAAGCAGGGAUCUGAGACCAGAGCUUUUGGAGCAGGCUUGUUGUCCUCAUUUGGUAAGUUACAGUGAUGACUGACCGACAAGCCUAAUCUGCUGCACUUUGACCCGCUUAAGACCAGCCUCCAAAAGUACCCGAUCACAGUGUUAGCCGAGAGCUUUGACGAUGCUAAAGAAAAAGUCAGAAAGUUUGCCGCCGGCAUUCCCCGGCUGUUUUGGGUGCGCUUCAACAGCAGGCUGCCUUCGUCCUCCUUUAUUUUGAAGUGCAGCUUCCUCAGGCACUUUGUUUCUUCUUAUCCCUGCAGGGGAAAUUGGGAAAUUGUGCAAAGCCCUGCAGAAAAAUGA